AUGGACUUAUUUAUAGAGGAACUGAUGUUAUACCUGACAAUAGUGGCUUCGGCAUCGAAAAUAUCAACAUUUGUGCUAAUGAAAGAAAAGAUUUUGAGAUUACUCGAAAUUUUAGAGAGCGAUAUUUUUCAACCGCACGACGAACACGAAGAACAGAUUUUAGUGGAAGCCAAUAGGUUCAAUUCAAGAUAUUGGAAGGUCGUAGCAUUUAUAUCGUAUACGAGUAACCUGACUAAUAUGGCGUUACCUCUACUCGCAUAUAUCCUCGGUAAAGAUAAAUUAAAACCACCGAUCUGUAGCUAUUCAUUUCUAUCCGACGAAACGCGACAAACGUUGAUCUAUCCGAUAUACCUGUACCAAUGCCUGGGCAUACAUUUUUGCAUGUUGAGUAAUGUUAAUAUUGAUACCUUUAUUUUGGGACUCAUGAUAUUAGUGAUAGCGCAGUUGGAUAUCCUUGCUGUGCAAUUGAAAAAUAUAACAAAUCCAUCAAACUCAGGUGUUGUGAAUGAGCGAGACCAGAGUAGCAGAAUAGAUGACACAGAUGCCAUUUUAAAAUUUAAUAAGGCCGUGCAACGCUAUAAUCAUAUUACAGAAUUCUGUAGUUUAAUAGAAAAUGUUUUCAGUAUAUCACUGUUCACUCAAUUUAGCAUUGCAUCUGGAGUGAUCUGUGUGUGCUUGUUCCGUUUUACUUUGCCAUCUCCUUUGCAGUACUACAUCUUUCUUGGCACAUACAUCUUCAUAAUGAUCAUACAAAUUUUAGUUCCUUCCUGGUUUGGAACAAGAAUAAUGGACAAGAGUUGUCUCUUGUCACAUGCGCUAUACAGUUGUGACUGGACACCGAGAUGCCAUCAGUUCAAGAGCAGCAUGAGGAUCUUCAUGGAGAGAACGAAGAGGCCUCUCUCGAUAACUGGUUGGAAAAUGUUUCCGAUGUCCCUUACUACAUUUACAUCUUUUCAGCAUUUCCUGUUUUUAACCGUUAAGUCAGUUACGCGUCUCAUUAAGCUCAUUUGUAGAGACAUUGUGGGUGGACCACAAUGGGACGUCACACGCAAGCGCCGAAGACAAAGAGCGUUCUUAGGUCAUCUGUUAGCCGUCGGCAAUAAGGCGUGUUUUUACGGCGACGUGAAAGGAAACAAUGAUUUCGCCAGUGACUAG